GUCGCAGCCUUCCGCGUUCGAAGACGAGGAGAAGCCGCGGACAUGCGAAGGGCCUCAACGUCGGAAUUCGGGCAGAGGUGCAUACAAAGAAGUCAUGGCAUCGAUACUCGCACAUUGCGCAUGCUCAAAUUGGAGACUUUCCGAUGCAAGGCAGAAGCAGGAGUCUCAGUAGAAGACACAAUCAUCUCCUCCCCAGGGAAUGAUAUGCCGGAAAAAUCUCCAACCACCUCGACACCUGGACUGACAUGUUGCACGCUCGCAAAGGCGCCGGGGUCGGCUUAGAUGCCAAUUAUUUGUCAAAGUAGUUGCGUUCGUUGUGAGGUUGCUGGUCGGGAAGAAAUCAGUGAUCCUACUUCUGCAGCGUUGUGCCGGCCUGUUGUUCCAGGCAUGAAUUUGGAGUGCAUACCAUCGGAUGGAUCGGACUUGUGAUUGAGGUUUUGUAAUCUCAAGCUAUGAACUUUAGCAGGUCGUUUGGAAGAGUGACCGAUGGAAGCGAUGGUUUCAGUUCAGUUUGUAAAGUUUGCGAGCUUUAGCUCCGCGUUCUGGUCAUCUGAACCAUAUACCAGGGGCUAUGUUAGAGCUGCAUCGAGAACUCGAUUUCCGGGAACCAGCCUGGCAGUUGUACAGAAGGCUGAGUCUGGGCGCAGAACAGGGUCCUCCUCACAUGUUGAUGUCACAGAGUCUUCGGAGCGAGUUAAUGCGCAAGGGAGCAGGAAAUUUGAUCGUGUUUCCGCUCAUGCGAUCGAUGAAGAUGAUUCAACACCGGUUAAAGGUUCUUCCCAUUGGCCAAGGAUAGAAGGUGCUAGUAAUCCACUUACUUCCGAAGAGGAAUCAGUCCUAGCUGCAGAGGUUCAGGAUUUGGUUCAAUUACAGCGCCAGAGAGAUGAGUUAGAGGCAAAGCUAGGGAGAACUCCAAGCGUUGAAGAAUGGGCAGAUUUUGUCGGAAGCUCGGUUUUCCGUCUGUAUGCAAGAAUCGGAAGGGGCCGGGCAGCCAAGAGAAAAAUGGUUUCUGCAAAUCUACCUCUUGUUCAUUCAGUCGCUGGACGGUUUCUUGGGAAAGGACUUUCUCAUACAGAAUUGUGCCAGGAAGGAGUUUUGGGUCUUUUAAAGAGCACGGAGAAGUAUGAUACAUCUUAUAAGACGAAAUUUUCUUCGUACACCUUCUUAUGGAUAUGGGAGGGCAUGUCUGCAGCUGUAAAGAAAUUUCGUCACGUUUUACGUAUUAGCAGGACUGUUUACGAAACCGCUUCAUUGGUUCUUCGGCACAAAGAGGAGUUCCAGUCUUCACACGGGAGAGAACCUACUUUACAAGAGCUGGCUGAUUUGUCACUCGUUGAUAAAGAUACGAUUCGGAAUACCAUGAGACUAGUCAGACCUGCGAAGUCACUGGAACAAAUGGUCUCAACUGUUGAUGGGGAGUAUGAGAAGCAGGUUGCAGAUCCAGACCGCAGCGUUCGUCCUUGGUUUCACUUGAGAGACGAAGACAUGAAGAUGGACAUAAACAACGCCCUUCAUAGUCUUAGUUCUCGCGAGCAGGAAGUCCUAGAAAUGCGAUAUGGACUAGAUGGGAAGAGACCUCUUUCCAGAGCAGAGGUUGCAUCGUUGAUGAACUUGUCCUACGAGACCAUACGUCUGACAGAGAAGAAAGCACUUGGAAAACUUCGACACAUAGCAAAAGAAGAUGGACUACAAGCUUAUCUUUCGAGAACUUUCUGGGAUCAGUAAGCAGGAUGAAGGUCAAAACAUUUUUAGUCCGGGUGGCAUGAUCAGCGGACACAAGUCAUGGAACUUAGGGAUCGUUAGAGGAUUUUGGAGGAAACAUCUGCCAUUGUCUAUAUCAAGUCACAAAAUGAUGUUGAAGAGCGUGAGUUAACUUACUUCUUUCUUUCUAGACAUGAAAGUAAAUUUUUGACGUCCAAGGGGCAUAAAUCGGGAGGGAUGUGCUUUUCCUCAUAUGACAAAAUCUCAGUUUUUCAUCAGAACAUUUUAGUCACUACUAUUUUUUGAGAUAAAUGUAUAUUUAGUGUUAUCAUUCUUUUAGAGUUUUCCCUUUCAUAUGGGAUCUCUUGCACGGCUAGCAGGGUUCAUUGUUUCCCCCGCCGGAAUAAAGAGCAUUCGACCUUGCACUGGAAAAAGGUUUUAACUCAUACUAGGUUGCGUUACUUGAGACGAUACUUUGAAUCCUAGUUAUGGGUCCUUAACACGUACUG